UUAGCGUGUUAGCUGCAAACAAAGAGAGGCGGAAGUGAUGAAAACACAUCGCUAAGCAGAGAUCAAGUGUGAGUGUAAAGUGUUGUGAUUGUGUGAAAAUGUGCGAAAGAACCCUAACAGAGUACGAGGAGGAACUUUGUCCAACAAAAGAGGAGAAGGAGCGACAACAUCAACUACUGGACGCUGUUUUCAAGAAACAUCAAGUUGUGUUACGCAGAACAGACAUCUGUGAAGAACAUCUCCCUGAGCAGCAGGAGUGGACCUCUCGUAAGGAGCAGGAGGAGCCACAGCCCCCUCACAUUAAAGAGGAAGAUGAGGAGCCAAAGCUUUCUCACAUUAAAGAGGAAGAGGAGGAACACAGCAUCAGUCAAGAGGGAGAGCAUCUUGAAGGGUUAGACGCAUUCCCAGUGACUGAUGUCCCUGUAAAGAGGGAAGAUGAUGAGGUCAAAAGUGAAAGUGAGGAGGAGAGAGAGGCGGAGCCUCCAAGCAGCAGCUCAACAGAAGCUGAUGGAGACCACUGUGGAGGAUCACAAGCAGACAAGCUCUUAGCUCCACUAUCAGAUAGUGAGGACACAACGUCACACUCUCCUGACACUGAUGAUGAAGACUCUAAAGAUGAUAAGACAUGUCACACUGACAACACACACUUCACAUGUUCUCACUGCGACAAAACGUUUAAUCGUCGUAGUCAUCUGAAAAGACACGUGAGAAUACACACAGGAGAAAAACCGUUUGCAUGUUCAAUCUGUGCUAAAAGAUUUAUACAAAAUACUGAUUUGGAAAAACACAUGAGAACACACACCGGAGAAAAACCAUUCAUGUGCUCGAUUUGUAGUAAAAGCUUCUCCCAGAAAGCGUAUUUGAUAACACACACAAGAACACACACUGGUGAAAAACCUUUCAGCUGUUCAGUCUGCAGUAAAGGUUUUCUCCAAAACCAAGAUUUGAAAAGACACAUGAGAACACACACUGGCGAAAAGCCGUUUGUCUGUUCAUUAUGUGGCAAAGGUUUUCUGCAAAAUGAAGAUUUGAAAAGACACAUGAGAAAACACACGGGAGACAAACCAUUCAUGUGCUCAGUUUGUAGUAAAAGAUUCUCCCAGAAAGCAAAUUUGAUAAUACACACAAGAACACACACUGGUGAAAAACCUUUCAUCUGUUCCGUCUGUAGUAAAGGUUUUCUCCAAAAUCAAGAUUUGAAAAAACACACGAGAAUCCACACUGGUGAAAAAACAGAGUGCUCAGUUUGCAGCAAAGCCUUCUCUCAGAAGCAACAUUUGAAAGCGCACAUGAGGAGACACACCGGAGAAAAACCCUUUUCCUGUUCAAUCUGCGUCAAAGAGUUUGCACAGAGGCAAUGUCUGAAAAGGCACAUGGCAACACACACCGGUGAAAAGCCCUUUUCUUGUUCAAGUUGCAACAAAAGAUUUUGUGAAAAAACAAGACUUGUGGUACACAUGAGAACGCACACGAGGGAGAAAACACUGAGUUGCAGUGCGUGUGGUGAAAGAUUCUCUUAUAAGUACCAGUGUAAGAAACACAAGUGUGCUGGUGAGAACAGCCGCAAAAAAUAAAGAUGCAGGUUUUAAAUAAAGUUGUUUAUAUUUCAGUUAAUUACAUGCAUUAUUAUAAGAUGUGUUUCUUCCUACUACUUUUCAAACAUGUUGGUUUGUGAAAUAGUAAAUAUGUGAUGUAUACGCUGCAACUGUAUGCAUGUUGAAAAGUAACUACCGUAUUUUCCGGACCACAGGGUGCACCGGAUUAUAUGGCACACUGCAGACGAAUGGUCUAUUUAUGAUCUUUUUUCAUACAUAAGGCGCACCGGAUUAUAGGGUGCAUUAAAGGGGAACAUUAUCACCAGA